CAGCAUACAGGGUCAUCUGGUGUAGAAAGCCAAGUGCACUGUUCGAGCAAAGAAAAGUCAGUGUCGAACCUAACUACGGCGCUGAUUUCGUAGUGGUCUGAAAUGCUGGCUCCGACUCGCGGAAGGUCUACAACAACCGGAAUAUUGAACUUUCAAAUCAAUUUUCGGGCUAACAUCACUCACCUUCAAUGUCCGGGGUGCGUUGAAGGCACCAGCGGAUAUUAUGACUUCCUUAGUCGUAUUGGCAGCAUCUGGAGCUCCCUUCGUGCUUCCCGAACGCGCAUCGUCGGAAUAUGGGCUUUCUCCGUCAAGGAAAUCAACCCCAAUUGCUCUUGGGUUGCUUACGAGGGUGGCCUUGCUGAAUCGUAUCUUGGUUACGAGGGCGUGAGUUCGGAUGUCCAGAUGAUAUUUCUUAGUGCCGUUGGGGAAAGCUGCGUUUUGCCGUCGCGAGAAUUGACGCCAAGUACCAUCGCCGUCGAUACUCGAAGUCACCAAAGCUCUGGAUGGGACAGUGUGUCAAAGGAUUAUUCAAGUUAUUCAAGUUAUUCAUGAAUAUUCAUGAAUAACUUGAAUAAAAUAUGAAUAAAAUAAGAGUAACGGGUUUUAUACUUGACUAAAAUAAGAGUAAUGGCCAUUAUUCUAUUUUACUCUAUUCAUUUGACACACUGGGAUGGGACGUGGUAUCCGUACUGAGUGCUGUGAUGCAGCGGGAACAUGACGGCAGGAGUGCCUGUUCUGCGCUGAAUGUGAUCCCAAGUGGCGCGUGCACAAUCCAGUCAAAAAAGGAGGGUUCCGUUGAAUUCCGCAAAUG